GCGUCAAUCAAUUUUUUUCUAUUUGUAUAUUAUUACCACUAUCGCGCGACUUACGUAGUAAGUCUCGGCAGUAAUGAAUCUUCCCGCCAACGAGACAGACAUUUAGACCUCACACGAGAUCUUCUCGGAAAAUCGACGACCAAGGACGUUCGGUUGCAAUAUAUAAGAAAUAAAAACGUGACACAAGAAGUAUUUCAUUUCUCAACCGACCACGACAGCUCGGUGAACUGAGGAUUCCUGGAGAAGAUUCUAUUACACGUGAAGAUUCUAUUGCAGUGAAGUAUCCCGUCAGCAGCCGAGGAAUAUUUCAACAUGAGCUUCCUCAACGAGACUCUCUUCGUUUUGGCGUACACAGCCAACAUAAUAGCCAAUUUGCCCGAGAAUAACACCGCAGUUCAGAACGUCACGACCACAACGUUAUCGCCGGAAGAGCAAGAGAACAAAUUCGAUCUGGACGAUGAAUGGUACAUGUGGAGAUGCUACGAGCCGUACGGGUGUUUCUAUAUCGGAUCACCCUGGUCCGGGAGUAACAGACCGGUGAUGUUUCCCUCACGCCCCGACUUCAUCGACCCCCGUUACACCCUCUAUGUACGAGACGCCGAGGGGCCCUAUGAGCUUCAGAUCGAUCGCUUUGAAACGCUUCGGGAAGCGCCCUUGAACAACGAGAGCAAUUUGUAUUUCAUUAUUCAUGGAUUCCUCGACAACGGCAACGAUUCGUGGGUUAAGAGAACUAUGAAGGAGAUGCUCUUGCGAGAGGAGGACUGUAACGUGAUAAUCGUCAAUUGGAAACACGGCUCGCAGCCGCCCUACACGCAAGCGGUGGCGAACACGCGUCUGAUCGGCGCUAUGACAGCUCGUCUGGCCGCCCAGCUGAUCGAGGUCGAACAUAUAUCGCCUUCGAAAAUGCACUGCGUCGGCCACAGUCUGGGAGCUCACACUUGCGGUUAUGUCGGUUACAACUUGAGGACAAAAUACAAGUACGAGCUCGGGCGAAUUACAGGCCUCGAUCCGGCGGAACCGCACUUCAGCAACACCUCGCCGAUGGUCCGGCUAGAUCCGUCGGACGCAACAUUCGUGACUGCCAUUCACACGGACUGCAAUCCCUUUAUCAGCGGUGGCCUCGGCAUCACGCAAGCGGUUGCACACAUCGAUUUCUAUCCAAACGGAGGUCGCAAUCAGCCCGGCUGUAACGAGGGUGUAUUCAAUUCCAUCACCUUGGAACACGGCAGUUUCAUUCGCGGAAUCAAGAGAUCUCUGGGAUGCAAUCACAUCCGCAGUUACGAGUAUUUUAUUGAGAGCCUGAACAGUCCGUGUCCGUUCAUAGCCGUUCCGUGUAGCUCCUGGGAUCAGUUUCAGGAAGGCGGCUGCUUCGAUUGCGUUAACCAAUAUUGUCCGAGAUUAGGAUUGGACGCUCAGCCCGGCAAUUUUCACGCGUCCGUCUACCUGAUGACCGGGCGCGAGAAACCAUUUUGCAAGGGUCACUAUAAGAUAACGAUAAACAUCUCAAAAACGGACGAGAGUUUGUUGUACGGCGGCGAGGUCGGGAUGUUCGUCAUCCGCGCGAUCGGCGCGAACGGCAAGAAAACCGAGAAGAUGCAACUGAACUCGAGUCCGAGAUACUACGAACCAGGCAGCACCUACACAGUCGUUCUGCCCGGUGACUAUAUUGACAAACCGGACUCGGUGGAGAUCACUUGGGUGUACGAGAGAUCGAUCCUCAACCCGCUCACGUGGAGACUCAACACCCCGCGAGCCUAUAUCGACUCGCUGACAAUUAAAAAUCUCGAGACUGAUCACCGAGUCACUCUGUGCCCGGAGAGGACAAAAACGUUGAUAGCAGAAGCGCCUCAGAUCUUAACCGUGGAACAUUGUCACAAUACGGAGCACAACGCAAUUUCGAUAUAGAAGACUUAUAAAAUAAUGACAAAGACACUCGAACACGUCAAUCGCUCUCUUCACAUUUGUUAACUGACAUUCGCGCGUGAGGAAAUUGUUGAAAAGUCUAUCUUGUCGAUACAAAAAGUUGUACGUAAGGAUAAAAAUGUAGAAGAAAAAAUUUCUCAUCAAAUCGUGACGGCAAAAUUGUAUAGAAACAAUCACCGUAGACAUUAAAGCUCUCUCUCUGCGUCUCGAGUUUCCGCGAGACCUUUCGCGUUCACGUGGAUGACAGUUAAUCUCCGGAAACGCCGUCGGCAUUUCCGAUUCGAUCCGAGUCUUGGGUCUUUCAGCGCGGCUGUCAUAGGUGAACAGCCGAUCGCGAACGCCGCGGCGAACGAACGCGCAUAAUAUCCCCGGUUUCCCUCGCGACCAAUGGCAAAGUCACGAUCCUUUCACUGUCAUUAUAUGCGUCCGGGCUAUGUUGUUGUUUCUUUCUCUUACUUUUUUCCUUUCCUUUCGUCCUGACGCAGCUUUUGUUGCGCGAUGUCGUCGUCGCAUAUUGUCUCGCGACCCCGUAAUUUAGAGUCGUAAACGUUUUAAAACUCACUCGCUUUACUCAGCCAACGCGGGAUUACGACAAUGGCGCAACUAAUAAUAAUGAUCUAAUGCAGAUGAAAGAAAAAAAACAGAACGAGAGGAGAGUAAUAUUUUUGAGAAGCAAAAACGAGGCGGGGUAUUUUACGCAGAGAGAUUGGUCGGGAAUUAGAUAAUGGCAUUUAGGUGUAAAUUAUUUUCUUGUGCAACGACGUUCAGUAAUGCUUUUGAAAAUUUCGCAAGUCCCGCGUUGUGUUCGUUCAAUCACGCAUCGCGGGAGGUUAAGCGGACCGAGCGAAUCUGCGUCCUAAAUGAGCUAUGAUGAGCUAAGAACACACAUCAUCUCUCUGAUUCGGCUUUUUUGGCCUGUCAAAGCGCGUCAUCCACCAAUUCUCUGAAAUUGCAUAAUCGAUUGAUCCAAUAACACAAGACAAACAUAUAGCUCUAAGUUUUAGCAUUCUAAGUAUAUUAAGUUAAGUUAGAAUUUAACAUAUGUACACAAAUACAUUCGAAAUUACUUAUUUAAUUUCAACAAAACUA